AUGGUCUUGGGACAGCUGGGCGAUCGCAUCAACAAUGCUCUGUCUGAAUUUGGCCGCUCUAAUGUGAUUGAUGACAAGGCAUUUGACGACAUGCUCAAGCAGAUUUGCGCGGCCCUCCUUGAAUCCGACGUCAAUGUCAAGCUUGUGCAGGGACUACGCAAGUCCAUCAAGUCGGCCGUUAACUUGAAGGAUAUACCGACGUCGCAAGGCAAGAAGAAGGCGAUUCAAAAGGCGGUGUUUGAUGAAUUGUGCGCACUUGUCGACUCCAAGACGGAGCCGUAUAAGCCCAAGAAGGGGAAACCAAAUGUCAUCAUGUUUGUUGGACUGCAAGGAUCAGGCAAGACCACUAGCUGUACAAAGCUCGCGCUGCACUAUCAACGACGCGGAUAUAAUGCCUGUAUGGUGUGUGCGGAUACGUUCCGUGCGGGUGCCUUUGAUCAAUUGAAGCAGAAUGCUACCAAGGCGCGUAUUCCAUUCUAUGGGUCCUACACAGAGCCUGACCCCGUCAAGAUUGCAAAGCAAGGCGUGGACAAAUUCAAGAAGGAGAAGUUUGAAAUCAUUAUCGUGGAUACCUCUGGUCGGCAUCGCCAAGAGAAGGAAUUGUUCAAGGAAAUGGUAGAUAUUGGUGAUGCAGUACAACCUGAUCAGACAAUCAUGGUACUGGACGCGAGUAUCGGUCAAGCUGCUGAAGCACAGGCAAAGGCAUUCAAGGAUGCCUCAAACUUUGGUUCCAUCAUCAUUACAAAGAUGGACGGUGACGCAAAAGGUGGUGGUGCACUGUCUGCUGUUGCGGCCACCAGCACGCCCAUCUCUUUCAUUGGUGUGGGCGAGCAUAUGUAUGACCUCGAGCGAUUCGCGCCGCAGUCGUUUGUCUCGAAAUUGCUCGGCAUGGGCGACAUUGCAGGUCUCUUGGAACACGUCAAGACGGUCGGUGCUGGAUCCAACAAGGAGACCAUGAAGCACAUUGAAGAAGGCAAGUUCACCGUGCGUGAUUUGCGAGACCAACUCGGCAACCUCAUGAAAAUGGGGCCGCUCUCCAAAGUGGCAGGCAUGAUUCCUGGCAUGUCAGGGUUGAUGCAAGGUAUGGGCGAUGAUGAAGACAGUGGCAAACGAUUGAAGCGACUGCUGUACAUCAUGGACAGUAUGACAGAAAAGGAACUCGACUCGGAUGGUAAGAUGUUUGAGGAACAACCGGAGCGCAUGACGCGUGUUGCUCGAGGUUCUGGAACGAGUGUGCGCGAGGUGGAGGAACUCCUCUCCCAGCAAAAGAUGUUUGCCGGCAUGGUUGGCAAGAUUGGUGGUGCGAAUGGUCUUGCUGCGAGAAUGGGUGGUGGCGCACCUGGAGCGGGCGGUGCAGGCAGAGGCACACAUGCAAGCACACUGCAACAGAAGCGAAUCAUGGAGCGUAUGCAGCAGAUGGGUAUGGGCGGCGGUGGCCCUGGAGGUGCUGGCGGCAUGCCAGACAUGUCACAGCUCAUGUCGAUGAUGGGAGGACUUGGUGGUGGUGCGGGCGGAGGCGGUAACCCCAUGGCUGGCAUGAUGGACAUGAUGAAAGGCCUUAUGGGCGGGCAGUAG